UCUCCACUACAUCCAGCGUUCAACAGGGUUCUGACAUCACUUUCAGCGAGGCUUGUAAACCUCCCUAACCUUAACCUUCUCAGCCGCCAUGGGCAGUGUUACUGAGCGAUUAUCUAGCCGCCGCUCCUUGCAAGCAGCUGUUUCUUCCUCUCUAGGCACAUCGAGUCUGGCCAGCCUCUUCUCUUGGAAACUCGUCUGCCGCGGAUAUCUCCCUGAUCGUUUCAUAUCUGCAGGGCCAUUACCUCAGAUCCCAUGCACGCUCUCGCAACGUGUACGUGGUACACCAAGGCUGUUUCGCGUAGCACCACAGCCGCUGCGUUUGGGCAUACUCGUGCACAUGCAUAUCCUUUCCGUUCUUUUUAAUAUGUCCUAUAUAUCGCUCUCCACGCGACACUCCGUCCCGCUAAACCCUCGCAGCUAUGUUUGACUUGCCCGCACCCGCAGAUGGUUGCACUGCUUUGUGCUGGUGUUUCCGUGGUGGCGUAGCGUGGCGGAGGCGAUGAUACAAUCUCAUUCUCAUCUUUACCACCAUGGUGACAAUGUCCGGAUGAGCUGGGCCGGAGACGAGCCACGGACCAAGGCUAAUCCAAUCUCAUUCAUCCAUCAGAAGCAGGCAGGUCCUCUGGAAAAACCGAGCAUCAAGGCAAGGAAAGCUGUACUUCUUCCCUCGCGAAGGGCCAUCGUACCUCCCCCCGACUGAAUACAUAACGGCAACCCCCUCCAUGUACGGCCGAAUGUUCUCUCAGAGUUUCUCGUCCCAUCCCAUUUCAUCAUCCCCUUAGUUGGCCUGGCCGAUAAGGUCCUUCCAUCCGCUUUCUCUUGCAGGGAAGGUCCGCGAUUCUUUAAAAGGACCUCUGAUCCCCGCUCCCCCCUCCUUCUGCUCGGAUGUUGUUCUCCCUCCCCAGAAUGCUGCAUGUGAGCACCAGUGCGCUCGCCGCCGGCCUUAGAUCCAUCCCCCGCCCCCGCUCGGUGCGCCGCGGCUCUAUGUCGACGGGCCCGAGCAGAAAACUGUCCACUGUGGUCUCGGUAUACGCCGAGUACACGCCCUCCUGCGAUGUGCAGCACUUCCCCGUCGAGGUGCUGCACAAGAUCUUCGAUUUCCUCGACGAGAGGGAGAUCCUCAGAUGUGCAGCGACCUGCCGCAGGUUCAAGCACGCCGCCGACACCUCCCUCGCGGUGCAACACCGUCUCGAGCUCGCCCGCCUCGGGCUGCUCGACAACCCCACCUCCGCCUCCUCGAUGCACGGCGCCCCGCUCGGGCUCCCAGAGCGCCUGCGCCUCCUGCGCGCGGACGCCGACGCGUGGGCGACACGCGACCUCGUCCGCCAGGCGCGCUUCGAGAUGAGCGUCCCACGCGAGCUAUACGCGUACGCCGCGGGCGUCCUCGUCGCGCUCGGCCGCGCCAAAACGACGCUCGAGCGGAGGAACACGGCGACUAGUUUUGUGGGGCCCACCAGCCCAAGCAGAACGACGUCGACGGCGGGGUUGGGCCAGAGCCAGAAGUCGGCUGGGGCUGUCGGCGCGUUCCGCCCGAUGACGGUCGCGUGGCUUCCGUCGAGCACGAGCCCCGCGAGGUCGCUUGCGCUGCCCAGCGCGGGGAUUACGUGCGUGGAGAAUUUCGCGGUGGAUCCGAGCCAGGAUUUGCUUGCGCUGCUAAGGGUGUUUCAGAAUCGCAAAGGACAGUAUGUCUUCCAGGUACAUCUCCGCACACUUUCGGCAAACGCACCAUAUCCAACUGCCCACCGCGCGUACUUGGGCCCUGUGGAGUCGUGGGGGUCCCGUUCGCAGCUACAAAUUGUGGACAACAUUAUUGCUCUUGUCGUGCACGAAAAUUCGCGAUCAUACAUCAUUGAAGCCAUAUGGGACUGGAAGACUGGGAAGUCUGUCAUCGGCGGCCAGUCCAUCCCGCUCCCACACAACACCCACGCCAUCUCAUUUAUUUCUAAUAACACCUAUAUCAUCGUCUCGGGCGACCGCGGCGGCGCCCUUGAUAUCUUCACCUUCAACAACAACAACAACAUCGAGGAUGCCGUCACCGGCCCUGGCCCCGCCUCCACCUCCCUGCCUCUGCAUGUCGCCUCGCUCACCCUCCCGGCAUUGCAACACAAAGUCUCGAUCGGGAGCGCCGAGAUCCUCGCAGGUGCACCGCUGCCCCGCACGCCGCCGCACAAGCCGUUCACAGCCGCGCCCGGCGCGCGCGUGCACACGCUCGUGUUCAAUCUCGUCCGCACGGGCGCCAACUGCGCUCUCUCGUUCGCGUACUUCCACCUCUUCCUGCACGAGCGCAGCAUCGCAUCGCGCGUCGCCGAGUACCUGCACCGCGCGCGCGAGGCGUCGUCGUUCGAGGCCGCAACGGCCGCGACGACGGUCGUGCCCUGGGAGGGCUGGGGCCCGCGCGAGGCGCGCUACCUCGACAGCUACGUGCCGUGGGCGGACUCGUCUGCGGCCGUGCACGGGCAGCGCGUGGUGCUCCGCGCGAUCAGCGCCGGGUGCGAGGAUGUAAGGAUAUUGGACUUUAAUGUGUCGGCGCCGCCGAGCUUUCCGCCGCUCCCGCCGCCGUCGUCUGUCUCCGCGGACCAUCAUGUGCAUUAUCCUGCCGGGAACGGGCAGAAGCACGGACAAAUCCAGGGCCAGGGCCAGGGCCAGAGUCAAGGGGGCCUGCAGCGGCGCGCGAGCGUGCACACGAGCAGCCUCACGCCGAAAGAUAAGUGGAAGAUGCACACGAAGCCGACAAGGGUCCCCGCCGGCGAGCACUUCAAGAAAGACGUCGUCACUACUUUGCCGUUCAAGAGCGUGUCGAGGCCCGAGCUGUUCUCUUACAAGGCGGUCAUGCUCGACGAUGACAAGCUCAUUGGGCUGCGGUACAACGAAGACGACGACGACGCGGACCCCGACUCUAUGAACCUCGAUCUUUAUGCGUUUUAAGCCACCUUUAUGCAAACAUCUCAAGCAAAAUCCUUUACUAUGCGAUGUCCCGUCUUCUUCUUCAAUUGUAGACUUUUCGCGAUUGUACAAAAUACGCUCUAUGCUGGCAACACACUCACGCCCAAC